GGUUGUCUUUCAGGGCAGCCAAGAUGUUUGUGGAUGAUCGGAUAGUGACUCUCUUCAAAAGGAACUCCCAUCACACCUUGACUUACUGGAGUGUUUUCUUCAGCUUUGGACUGUGCAUCGCCUUCCUGGGGCCGACCAUUCUGGACUUGCAGUGUCAAACCAAGUCCACGCUGAGCCAGAUUACCUGGGUGUUCUUCUCUCAGCAGUUCUGCUUGCUGAUAGGCAGCUCAGUCGGCGGCGUUUUCAAGAGGACGUUAUCCACUGCCCUGUCCGCUCUAUUUGUGUCGGCGCUCCUCAUCUCGGUGAUUUUUGCCAUCAUCCCUUUGUGCCACAAUGUCCUGGUGUUGGCAGUGGCCAUGGCUGUGUCCGGUUUGGCCAUGGGACUCAUUGACACCAUCGCAAACAUCCAACUGGUCGCCAUCUACCAGAAGGACUCGGCCGUUUUUCUGCAGGCUCUCCAUUUCUUCAUCGGCUUCGGAGCCCUGGUGAGCCCGCUGAUUGCGGAUCCCUUCCUCUCCGAGCACGGCUGCGGGAAUCAUACUGGCAACGGGACGGAGAUCAUGCAUCACUUUAGGAACAUGCUGAGAAGCAGUGUUAUUGCCGAGCACAACAUCACUCACAGCCUCUUGUCCCACGGGGGAGGCGGGGAGGAGUCCAGUGUGCACUACGCCUUCUGGAUCAUGGCUGUUAUCAAUCUGCCCGUGCCGCUCGCUGUGCUCGUGUUGAUGUAUCGCGAGCGGCUGCUGCCGUGCUGCCCUAGCGGCACCCCUCAACUGCUGGACAAAGAUGAACUGGCCUUGGAGAACCAGCAGGGAGCUGAGGGAGCGCAAGUGGAGCAGACAGCGCACGAAGCUGGAGGUCAUGGGGAUAUCUUCAGCUGCUGUCAGAAUGAUAACCUACGUGGCCUGCCACUAUCCUUCUUCAUGAUUCACAUUCUCGGUGGGAUGGUGCUCUUCAUGACUGAUGGCAUUGUCGGGGCGUAUGCUGGUUUUGUCUACACAUAUGCUGUUGCACCACCCAUGUCUCUUCCUCACAAGGCAGCAGGCUAUUUAGCCAGCAUUUUUUGGGCAGCCAUCACCGCCGGUCGACUGCUGUCCAUCCCUCUCUCGUACCGCUUCCAAGUCAUGAGACUGCUCGUGUUCAACCUGGCCGGAGCCAUUGUCACCGUGUUGCUGCUGCUGAUCUUCUACACCAGCAGCACAUUUUUGUAUGUUGGCACCUGUUUGUGCGGCCUUUUUCUCAGCAGCAUCUUCCCAUGCAUGCUUGCCUACACCGAAGACAUCCUUGAUUACCAGGGUUGCGCUACGUCGGUGCUGGUGACGAGUGCAGGAAUGGGAGAGAUGGUAAUGCAGGUUCUGGUUGGCUCAAUUAUCCAAACUGAAGGCAGCUACAGCUUCCUUCUGUGUGGAGUGAUUAUGGCCAGCAUUGGUUUCAUCCUCUUCAUGGCUCUGCUGUUCUUCCAUCGGAUGCACAGAAACUACCUCACAGGAACGACAAAAAAGUCCGCCAUGGUGGAGGAAGAAACUCCAGGAGUGAAUGCAUUGCCCACAGCUGAGCCAAAACAGGAGGCACGGAAGAGCUGAGAGAGCCGCCCGCUCGGUUGUCUUCCUGUCACUCGGCGCAAAGACUCUUGUUACUUUUUGCAUGCUGCAGGGAACAAGGUAUUUUGUUGUCAUUUGCGACAAGGAUGGCCAUAAUCAUUGAUUGUUUGAUAGCUUCACAUGUGUGGAUUUGAUCAUUCAUAAAUCGCAGUAUGACGCAAUUUAGGCAGUAGAGGACUGCUUAACUUCGACUUUCAUUCAAUCUCUACUGGUUGG